AUGUAUGUACUCAAAAGCUGGUGUGUAGGAGCUGUGCAGAGGGCAGUCAGUGUUCUUGUCAGCAGCGAAGAAACAAAUGAGAAACAACCAAGGAAGAUCGUCUAUCUGGGAGCUGGGAUGGAGGCCACACAGAAAGGACAUAAUGGUGGAACUGUUUCACACAAUGCACAUACAUGCAGGGUCUGUAAUGUCCUGUGUGUGCAGUGUGUCUCCUUGCAAGGCAGCAGUGUUGAUGAAAGAGGUUUUUACAGCCGUGGCUCAGAAUUUAGUAAAGCAAAUGUGAUACAGGCAAGAAGAACAGCAGAGGCCUCUACACAGACUGAGAUCUUAUCAUCAAAUCUUGAGAUGACGGGGCUGGCACAGAACACUUGCUUGCCCGACCUUUUAGUGACUUCAGCUUCAUCAUCAAAGGUGCCUCCUCCUCCUCCUCCACCGCCGCCGCCACCUCCUCCACCACCACCCAUGCCGACAAAAUUACAGGCUGCUGGUGCGACAUCAACUUUGAGUGUAGCAAUCAGGCAAAAAAAUGCUUUAAAGAAAAGUCAGUCUGCAGGUGUAUCUGUUGGCCCUGAAAUUACCGUUGAGCUACUGAGGAAUGUCAAGCUCAGAAAGUUGAAAGAAGUAGACAAAUCUCAUUCAAACUGUUCCAUCGCGGGUGCGUCCGCUAGUGUUCAGCCUGCAAUCACUUUGGAAGCUCUGCAGAAGAUUACUCUCAGAAAAACAAACAGUGUGAAAAACAUUGAUUUGGGAGCGACCUGUAUCCAGGCAGAAACUAGUGACUUUCCUGAAAGUGGACCCGAAGACACAGGAAUUGUUCAGCAACCUCAGGAAAUUGAGACAAGGAACUCAAGUAGAUCACCUAUGAUGUUGAAGAGGAAAAAACCUGCAAAAGAGCAACAGUCUGUACCGUGUAAACAGAAACGGCAGUCUGUGACUAACAUUAGGUUGCUGCUAUGA